AUGUCAAUCCUCCCGCCGGACGUACACCAGGCACUGGCUGCGCUCCUUCAAGGUUUGCAGUCGGCCGAUAACUUGGCUCGCUCAAAUGCCGAAGAGCAGCUCAAUGCGGAAUGGGUCGUCGCAAGGCCUGACGUGCUGUUAGUCGGGUUGGUUGAGAAUAUCCAGCUGUCUGAGGACCCUUCGACGCGCUCGUUUGCCAGUGUGCUUUUCCGGCGCAUAGCUACCAGGAGUCGCAAGGACCCCACGACAGACCAGACCAAGGAACUUUUUCUCACCCUCCCCCAACCCCAGCGCAACGUCAUCCGGGAGAAGCUUCUCCAGUGCCUCGACGGCGAGCAGAAUGCGCAGGUCAGGAACAAGGUUGGCGACGCCAUUGCCGAGAUCGCUCGGCAGUAUACCGAGGAGGGUGAGCCUUGGCCUGAGCUCCUCGGCGGUCUCUUCAAGGCCAGCCAGUCGGCAGAGCCCGGUCAGCGCGAAAGUGCUUUCCGCAUAUUUGCGACUACCCCCGGUAUAAUCGAGAAGCAGCACGAAGAUACCGUGCUCGGCGCCUUCACAAAUGGCUUUAAGGACGACAACAUCAUGGUCCGCAUUGCGGCCAUGGAGGCGUUCGCUUCCUUCUUCCGCUCUAUCAACAAGAAGAGCCAGCAGAAGUACUACCCGCUCAUCGCCGAAAUCCUCAACAUCCUCCCGCCGAUCAAGGAAGCCGGCGACUCCGAUCAGCUCUCCAAGGCCCUCGUUUCUCUUAUCGACCUCGCAGAGAUCGCCCCUAAGAUGUUCAAGCCGGUUUUCAACGCCUUGGUCAACUUCAGUAUCACUGUGAUUCAGGACAAGGAGCUCGAUGACCAGGCACGCCAGAAUGCCCUCGAGCUGAUGGCCACCUUCGCGGAUUGCAGCCCGCAGAUGUGCAGGAAGGAUCCUAACUACACCCCCGACAUGGUUACUCAGUGCCUGUCUUUGAUGACUGACGUCGGAAACGACGACGACGAUGCUGCGGAGUGGAACGCGUCUGAGGAUCUCGACAUUGACGAGAGCGACCAAAACCACGUCGCUGGUGAGCAAUGCAUGGACCGUCUUGCAAACAAGCUCGGUGGUGGAGCAAUUCUCCCUCCCACCUUCAACUGGUUGCCGCGCAUGAUGACUUCUUCGGCAUGGCGUGACAGGCACGCCGCCCUCAUGGCUAUCUCGGCCAUUUCCGAAGGCUGCAGGGAUAUGAUGGUUGGCGAACUCGACAAAGUCCUGGAUCUCGUUGUCCCAGCUCUGCAGGACCAGCACCCCCGUGUUCGUUGGGCCGGUUGCAAUGCUCUUGGCCAAAUGAGCACCGACUUCGCCGGCACCAUGCAGGAGAAGUACCACCAGGUCGUCCUUCAGAACAUCAUCCCGGUCCUUCAGUCUGCCGAGCCCCGUGUCCAGGCACACGCCGCCGCCGCUUUGGUCAACUUCUGCGAGGAGGCGGAGAAGGAGGUUCUUGAGCCCUACCUCGACACCCUUCUGACCAACCUACUCCAGCUCCUUCAGAGCCCCAAGCGCUUUGUCCAGGAGCAGGCCCUCUCUACGAUCGCCACUGUCGCCGAUUCUGCGGAGGUUGCUUUCUCCAAGUACUACGAUACCCUGAUGCCCCUUCUGUUCAACGUUCUGAGGGAGGAGCAGUCGAAGGAGUACAGGUUGCUGAGGGCGAAGGCCAUGGAGUGUGCGACGCUCAUUGCGCUGGCUGUUGGCAAGGAUAAGAUGGGCCAGGAUGCUAUUGCUCUUGUCAAUCUCCUUGGCACGAUCCAGCAGGGUAUUACCGACUCGGACGAUCCUCAGGCCUCCUACCUCUUGCACUGCUGGGGUCGUAUGUGCCGUGUUCUGGGUCAGGACUUCCUUCCUUAUCUCCCGGCCGUUAUUCCUCCUCUUACCGAGCUUGCUGGUGCCAAGGCCGACAUUCAACUUCUGGAUGAUGAUGAGCAAGUUGCCCAGGUUGAGCAAGAGGAGGGUUGGGAACUGGUUCCUCUCAAGGGCAAGGUUAUUGGCAUCAAGACCAGCACUCUGGAUGACAAGCACAUGGCCAUUGAACUCAUCGUCAUCUACGCCCAGGUCCUAGAGGGUGCCUUCGAGCCGUACGUCAACGAGAUUAUGGACAAGAUUGCCAUCCCCGGCCUCGCUUUCUUCUUCCACGACCCUGUCAGAGUCGCAUCCGCCAAGUGCGUGCCGCAGCUGCUUAACUCUUACAAGAAGGCCCACGGCGAGCAAUCGCCUCAGCUUGGCCAGCUCUGGGCCAGGACGGUCGAGAAGGUUCUCGAGGUGCUCAGCACCGAGCCUGCCAUCGACACCCUUGCCGAGAUGUACCAGUGCUUCUACGAGUGUGUUGAGAUUCUGGGUAAGAACUGCUUGACGGAUCAGCACAUGGCUGCAUUCAUCGAUGCCGCCAAGUCUGUUCUCGAGGAGUACAAGGAGCGUGUCAAGGCCCGUCUGGAGGAACAGGCUGAUAACGAGGAGGGUGAGGAGCUUUCCGAGGAGGUUGCCUUCGCCAUUGAGGAUGAUCAGACUCUCCUUUCCGAUAUGAACAAGGCUUUCCACGUCAUUUUCCAGAUGAUGGGUCCCGCCUUCCUGCCUCACUGGGAGCGUCUUCUUGAGUUCUACACCAACUUUGUCACGAACCCUGACCCGACGCAGAGGCAAUGGGCCAUCUGCAUUUUCGAUGAUGUCCUGGAAUUCUGCGGCCCGCAAUCCUGGAACUACAAUCAGUACAUCAUCAACCCCAUUGUCAAUGGUAUGCGCGACGACGUUGCUGCCAACAGGCAAGCCGCUGUGUAUGGCGUUGGUGUCGCGGCGCAAAAGGGCGGCGAGCCUUGGUCUGAAUUCGCCAACAACUGCUUGCCGAUUCUCUUCGAGGUCAUCAGCAGGCCGAAUGCCCGCGAGGACGACGACGUCUUUGCUACCGAGAACGCUUGUGCAAGCAUAGCAAAGAUUCUGCACUACAACAACACCAAGGUUGCCAACGUGCAAGAUGUCGUCAACGCCUGGGUGGACACUCUUCCCAUCGUCAACGACGAGGAGGCUGCGCCUUACGCAUAUGCUUUCCUUGCGCAACUCAUCGACCAGAGCAACCCCGCCGUUCUAGCCAAGGCUCCUCAGUGCUUCAACCACGUCGCCCUUGCCCUCGAGGCCGAGACCCUUCAGGGCAACAUCGCUAGCCAGGUCGUUCGCGCAACGAAGCAGCUGGUUCAGACCGCCGGUCUGGACGCCAAUCAAUUGCUCCUCAACCUGACCCCUGAGGCGCAGCACACCGUGCGUGCGUACUUCGGUUAA